AUGGCUUCUGUGAGGAAGGUCACUGACAAGCGGCAUAACCCAGUGGAAAGCAUUUGUAGAAAAAUCAGAGCCAUCCAAAAGAGAGAAGAGAUUUCAGAUCCACUUCGACAGAUUCUCAAAUAUCAGUCUAGCAGUUUUGAUAGUCCACAGAUUAACACCAAGAAAGAUUUUGAAGAGGUACUAAAGAACAUGGCGACCACUCCUAUUCCUUCGCCCAACACUUGUUUCUUAAGUACUGAGAAAGACGAUGCCAUCAUUACAUCUCCUCAAAUAAUGUCUCCAAGAACCCCAUCCAUUUCUCACCUCAGCUCUCCCGAGAAUGCAACAUACCCUGUUCCUCUCACAAGUUCUGAAAACCUCUCAAGGCCAAGAUCACAGAGCUCUCAGAAUUACACAUCUCGGGUAUCACAGACCAGGGAAGGGGAACGCUUCUUUAACAAGGAUUUGAAUAACUGUUGUAAUGAAAAUAAUUUUAGUGCGUCAACACUUGACUUUGAUUCAACGUCUGAUAAAAACUCUGAAUGUUUUACUCCUCAGGAAUCACUGGUGAAAAAAUUAUCUCUAAAUGGAGCUGUUUUCAGAUUACAGUGGAACUACUUUGGAAUUUUGAAACUUUUUGGAGGCUCCUACAUGCCAAUUAAAACAGGUUCAGUUGGAGUUGCCAAGAUAAUAGAUUACCUGAGACAAGCAAGUAGUCAAAAUUCUGAAGAUAGUGGACUUGCGGAGCUAUGGAACAUACUUGAUCCUGAAAAGGGAGACCUACAUGUGGACCUGGAAAUUUUUCGUGCCAUCAUGAAAGAAUGGAUGGCUUGCUGUAGAAACAAAUGGGAAAGAAUGCAUGGUGGAUCAGGUGGCACCGAUGAUUCUGUUUUUGAACAGGACAGCAUAAAAUCAAGUAGAGCAAUUAAGAUGACCACAGAUAAAACAGAAUGUACGUCAUGGAGCUUCGAGGCUUUGGGUGGAGAUAUGUCUAAAGGAGUCUUAGAAGUUUCUGAUUUGAUUACCUAUGUAGCAGACCUGCAUUUUCACAAGCAGAAACUGGAGGAGGAAAAUAAUAAGUUCAAAUUGGCAUUAGAAACCUUGGAAGAAGCUAACUGCCAAUUAUCAGAGGAUUGUACUGAGCUACGCCAUCAGAUAAAAAGUGCCCACCAAGCUAUUAUGAGAACAAAUCUGUUAAAAGAAGAACUGGAGGAACUGAAAAUUAGUAUGAAUGCUUCUGAAGAGCAGAAGACCAUGAUUUUAGCCCAGAACAAACAAUUAGAGACAGAAAACCGGGCUCUGAUUCUUAAGAUUCGGAUUCUCCAAGAAGAGAAUACUAAGAACAUUAUGGAUAUAUAUAAAUUGGAAAAGAAGAUUGACGAGUUGUCUAAAACUGAGACAGAGCACCAAAUGCAGUUACAUAUGUGUGAGAACGCUUUGCUUAACAAAGAUGCAAGUUUGCAGAAGAAAGAUUUAAGUAUAGAAGAACUUAAGUCAACCAUCAUAGAAUAUGGAAACAUUAUAGAGAAUUUACGAGGGGAUAAAAACAAACUGACUCAUGAGUUACAGCACUUGCAGCAGGAACUUAUCAUAAAUGGGAUCCAGUUGAAUAUUAGUGGAGAGUGUAAUAGAAUCAUCUCUGAAGAAGAAAAAUCUUUACAUUGUGAACUCAUUCUUGCUCAGUCUGCAGAGAACAAUGAAACCGAGUGGCAGUGCAGUUUAAUCAACUUGUCAUCUCUGGAUAUGAUGAUGGACCAAGAAAUACUGCUAUUACAGAGAACAUUUGAACAAAAGGGAGUGAAAUUCACAGCUAUGCUUCGAAAGCUGGAUUUGUAUAACAUAUGUACUCAUGAAGAAGUUUCUAAAGUUGAAACCCUCAUGGAUAGCUCUCUACAGUGGGUAACUGAUCCAGAAAUUACUGUGAAAGAGAAGUGGGAGAACAAGCUUACUGAAUUCAAAUAUAUAAUGGAAGAGAAACUAAAUCUUUGCAUAUUAAUGCCAAACAGCUUGGGAAACCACAAAGAGUCUCUUGAUAAAGAAUUUGUCAAACUAAUAGAGAUUUUGAAGAGAUUCAGGCUGGAAUAUUUUUAUUUCAGAAAAGAAUUUCUCUCCAGGCAGAAACAACGAGAAGCCCUUGAACAAGUGCAAGAAGAUGCUGUCAACCAGGAAGCUGUCGUUAGGAAGAAGGUUCAAGGAACCAGCCAAUGGCUGGAGGACAGAGAGGAGCAGGUAGGGUAG